CAUAAAGGUGAAGCACUACCCUGGGACGCCAUCCAUAAUCGUUUCCUUAAGGAGUGCCGUCGUUGUGUGUGGUGCUGCAAUCAGUGCUUUCUCUUCUCGUUCCGGUUGCGUCCGGUUCCUUCCCUCACCAGAAACCAGAAGCCAGAUAGUGAACAGAGAGCAGAGAAAGAGAGCCAGGUGUUUGCCAGGAGCUAGAAAAGCGAACGGAACUAGCCUCAUUUAGAAGGCGGCACCGCAAGCGUUACCGCACAAUAAUGGCGCAAACGUUUCUGAUGGAAAGGAUUUUCCCGUUCCGUGUGGCCGGGCUACGCCGCUUCUUGCUGCUACUGUUCGUCUAUCGAGCAUUGUCGCCAGCGGAAGGGAAAGCGACGGUCGAGCAAAUGAUGAAAUCGGGCGAAAUGAUUCGGUCCGUGUGUCUGGGCAAGACGAAAGUUUCGGUUGAACUGGUCGAUGGAUUGCGCCAGUCCAAGUUUGCGGACGUUAAGGAGCUUAAGUGCUACGUAAAUUGCGUGAUGGAAAUGAUGCAAACGAUGCGCAAAGGAAAACUGAACUACGAUGCAUCGAUCAAGCAAAUCGAUACGAUCAUGCCGGAUGAGUUGGCGGGUCCGAUGCGUGCGGCUUUGGACACGUGCCGUACUGUCGCCGAUGGCAUCAAGAACAAUUGUGAUGCCGCCUAUGCGAUGCUCCAGUGUCUGUCAAUGAACAAUCCGAAAUUCAUUUUUCCCUAACAUCCCUAAAGCCUGUCAUCAAUCAGUUUUAGGGAAAUGAAAUGGUAUGUUUUGGACGCCG